UUGUGCUAGAUUGGAUGAAAGACAAUCAUCGUGAAAUGGUGAUAACAAAUCUGGCCGAUAAGUACAAUGCAUACUAUGAAUUACACAUAGUCUACUUAAAAUAUGGAUCACAUGAGGAGGCCCUAUUGGUGGGACGUCCAUGGAGGACAAACUAGUUUGGGAGUGGCUAUGUCAAAGGUGGGCUAGCGGUGCAUUCAAGGACGAUGUGACACCGAAUCUGGUCGCCUUCUAUAAAGAAAAACAUUGGUCAAGGCAGAAAGAGAAAUUUAUCAAUGCCAUAGUUGAACACAAUUAUAAUCUGGUGGUGGAGAAGUUGAAUGAGAAAGACCCAGAUGAGGAAAUUGAAGAAGUGGCUACGAGUAUUUUCAAGGACAUUUUAGGGUACAAAUUUGGUUAUGCAAAAGGGUUGGCGCAUUCAGUCAUUCCCAAUCGCUUUCCUUCAAUGCAGAAGAACAAAGCAUUUGUGUGUUUGGUCAAGGAGAAUGAAUGGAACAAGACUUGUGCAGAAAUGUACAAGUCUAAACUUGACCAAAUAAUGGGUCAAAUGGCUGCUAUGCGGAGAAAUUUUUCUGAGUAUGAGAAAUGAAUGAAGUUCCAGGUGUCUGAAUUGGAGUCAAAUAGUGAGUUUCAAAGAGAGACCCAAGGAGAUGCUUAGGCAUCUAUGUUAAGAGAAAAGCCCUACUUUUUUUAAGACCAGAAUUUUUAUUAAUAUGGUGGAUCUAGGUGGCAGUGUGGGAAGUGUGUGUGGUGGUAUUUUGCCACUGGUUUUUGGGAUCCCGCUUGCAGAAAGGUUUUAUAAGUAUCUAUUAGUUUUUUUGGGAAAGUUCACCACUUGAAUGAAUUGCAUUGGCAUUAAUCAAGAUUGUAUAAUGCAGUAAAGUGAUUUUACUGAAGCUUGAGAAACUUAUGAAGGGGUGAUAAUCCUCUCCUAUUGCAUUGGGUAUAUAAUUUGUAGACUUACAAUAAACUAAUUACAGAUUGCAAAUUUAAAAUACCAUCCCUGUUUCUUUGUAGGGUCCACUUUAGCAUGAUUGCGACCAACAUUUUCAAACCAUAGCUCAUCAAGUUCCAGAACAAAUUCAUGGGGGAGGCAAUAUGCAAAGUAGUUGGUGGAGAUAAUGAACAA